AUGGAGGACGGCAAGCCAGUGUGGGCGCCCCACCCCACCGAUGGGUUCCAGCUGGGCAUGAUCGUUGACAUAGGAGCUGACACGCUAACCAUAGAGCCGCUGAACCAGAGGGGCAAGGUGGGUCACCGUCCACACACAGGCAAAUUUACACCCUGGCUGUUCCAUUUAAAGGCAAAAUGAGUCCAGCUGGGAAAUGGGUGAGGGGCUGGUGCUUGUUUUCCUUUUCUAUGGCUUUGAAAAUUCAUGGGGGAUUUGCACAUUCAGACCAGAGGGUCCUCGCCACAAAACCAGCUAAUAAGUUCAGAAACUUAAGGUGAUAUUUGAGAAAUUUAACAUUUUCUCCAACUUCCUCCCAGUCUGUAUAAAGUCCGAUUUCAGCUAGAAGGGCGUCAGCAUAACAAUGUGUAAAAUGUUAGAAACAUGAGAAACCGCAUGUACAGAGGCAUGAAUAAAUAAAGAGAGCAGCAGCAGGUGUGCUGAUAGUGUUGCCUAGUGGGAGAGCUGCUCAUUAGAAGGUAAAAGCCACCUGUUACACCUGAGCUGUCAUGUGUCCCAGCCACCAAACAGGCCUCUAAUGUUUAUGACAGGAUUGACUCCAUCAGUGGUCUCAGUAUAGUUUUGUUUUAAAUAUCUCAGGAGGAUUCGCAAUAUUAUCGGUUUCAUAAAAGCAUGAGAAGUUAAUGACGGGGCGGCAGUAACUCAGGAGGUAGAGCGGUCGUCCGAUAACUGGAAGGUUGGCGGUUCGAUUCCCCCCUAUCCCAAGUCUGUCCGUUGUGUCCUUGGGCAAGGCACUUAACCCACCUUGCUCCCAGUGUGUGUCCUCCACUGGUGUAUGAUUGUGAGUGAGCCCCAGGGCAGCUGUGACUAUCAAGGUUAGGUUAGUUUACCACCACCGAAGUGUGACUGUGUGAGCGAAUGAAUGAUGUAUCCAAUGUAAAGCGCUUUGCGGGUCUCUGAUAAAGCGCUAUACGAAAUUUGAUGCAUUAAUAUUAUUUUUAUUAAUGAUUAGUUUUGGCUUGAUAUGAAUAUCUCUACCAAUAUUUAUGGCUAAUAAGGUGGUGCAUAACAGUAUACACACAGUGACAAUUUACGCAAUGCAAGGUUUGUGCAGGGUAAUGAUGCACAUGGGUUGCAUCCAAAUUCUCAUUUUGAAUCUGAAAUUAAGCAUCUGGAUUUAAACUGAACAAUCAUCUAUUUGCAAGUCUAUUAUUUCCACUUUCUGGAGAACAAGUGACUCGAUAAAAAAGGACAUUUUCAAGUGUGAAGCUCUCAGAUUUUAAAAAAGUCACAAAACAGGUUAGGGUUGCAAUCUGUGAAAGGUGUAGUAAUACGAUGUGCAUUAUUUGCUUUUCAGGGGGUGACUUUCAGAGUAAUGCAAUGUCAGAAACACGUCUAACACACUGCUCAAAAUCUAAUGUCUUGAAGUUGUAUAAUCAGCACUACCCAUACAUGUUGAAUCAGAUUGAAAAAGUUUGCUUUGUAAGAAGAGUGGGGUCGGCAUGUCUGUGUAUCACAGUCCCUCCAACACCAGAGGUCAAAGCUUUAAUUUUAUUCGAGUGCAAUCUGAGCAAAAGGUACGCAUAAGUGUAUAGGGUAUUUUAGUGCGUCAACAUUUUCUUCCACUCUUACUUGAAAAUAUGUUUGUUCCUGUUUUGUUUGAUUAUAUUUACAACUUGGAGAACGACUUCUUUUCAUCCUUAUUAUUUGUAAUUUCAGGCUCGAAGAAUUGAAGCUAUAUCUCAGUCUGAUCUCAGCAUGUCACCAGCUGCAAAGAACCUGCUGAAUCAAAGCUGCGUCAAAAAUAAGCAAUUAUCUCGUCCUAGUGACAAACUUCAUGAUAUUAACACUCCGCUGCGUUCCGAACGACUCAUGAAGAUUAAUAUUCAAAGAUGCACUCCACCGACUUAGGAGUGAGUCUCGUCUGGAAUAGCUGUGAACUUUGAGUGAUCAUGCUCACUAUUAAGAGGCAGAGACUUUGCCUCAUUCACUAUGUGAAUGAAAGGCUCAUUGAGUGCCGGUUUUUACUGCAGCGCAGAGCUCAUUAGUGGCUCAGCGCAACACAACCCUGAGCAUGGCAGCCUCUUCUUCUUUGUCAGUCUUAUUGGUUAGUCAUUUCUCACAUGGUUGUUAUUGUGGAUGUGCUUGUCCAGAAUGAGCCCAGGCAGUGUAGCUGGCACACAAAGCAGAUUCUGUUUAGGCUCACAGGCUGUUCGUAGCAAUAAACCAUGCAUCAGGGCACACAAUGAGUCAAAAUCACACAUAAAUCUUUAUUGAUGUUCAAAGGACAAUAAAUGGUCAAAGGAUGUGUUUACAAAUCAGCUUAUAAAUGCCACCAGGUCUGAUUGACUUUUAUGUUAACACCAUUGUGGAUUUCCGGAGCCUUUUUAAUCGCUGACAGUAGAAUUUCAGUAAUUUUAUUACAACAAGGAAUUGAUUGGUUCCUACAAGCGAAGCAGCCACCUGAAUCAUCUCUUUGCUGUCGCACACACCCUCCUCAUGCACUCACUAACUCACUCAGGUGUUCAGAUCCAGUUGCUCUCCCACCAAAUUAUUCAUUACCCUGCCAUGUCUCCCCUUGUUUCUCUCACAGCCGGCUUGUUCCAUUGAGUUUAUUUCCAUUAACUCAGACUCCCUAAAACAAAAGACUGAGAAUAUCAGUAACUAAUUCAGCCUGGGAACAUGUCACACCAAACUUCAUUACUGUAAUCUUAAAGCGUGAUGAAUGAUUCAUGUUUGUGCACGCUUGCUUAGCCUUUUAUGAUGUCUGAUAUGUCGCCUUGUUUUUGUAUGCUAAUCAGCAGUUGUUUGGUGUCAAAAACUUUUCAAAGGACAAGAAGUAAAAAAAAAGGAUGAAUUGUCUGACAUGAGACGUCGGCAUUGAUAUCACUUGUAAGCAGAUUCAUACCCCCUGGAAAUAAGAUCAUGUAAAUGCAACAAUUAAGAAAACUCUUUGUGUUUCAGACCUUUCUUGCUCCAAUGAGCCAAGUCUUUCCAGCUGAGGACGAUGUAAACAAACUUGUAGAUGACAACUGUAAGUCAACACAUAGGUCAAGUUUGAGAAUUAUUUUUUCAAGAUUUUUUCAAGAUUUAUUCUACAAGAGGUAGUUUAUUUUGAUAUGUUGUUUUUCUUUUUCUUUCAGGUUCACUAAUGUACUUGAACGAAGCCACUCUUCUCAACAACGUCAGAGUGCGGUACAAUAAAGACCACAUCUACGUACGUUUUCUCACAACUGCAGAUCUUUUUGUUUGGUGCAUUCACAAAAGCUUAAAGCCUUACUAUCUAGUUGCAUAAUAGGGAAAAACAGCAACAGGUUGGACGACAGACUGAGAGAGGAUCCCUUUCCUUGUCUCCCUCUGGGGAAAGCAGCAGGUGGUAAAGAGGAAGGACAGGUAAGGAAAGGGUCAUAAAGUCAGUCUGGCAAACCCAGUCCUGAUCCCAGCGCUCACUUAGGAAAUGAGGGACAGCUGGUAGAUAGGAAGAGCAGAAAGGGAACAUGUUAAGAUACGUCUCAGCAGUCCUGCCUCACUUGUUUGCUUUCUCUUACCUCCUCCGAUUACUUAAUUAUUCAUGUUUCCUUCCAUUUAUAAAUGAACUGACUAAUAAUGUCUGUGUUUGUGUCUCCUACAGACCUAUGUGGCCAAUAUCUUGAUAGCUGUGAAUCCUUACAAUGAUAUCCCUAAACUUUAUGGCCCUGAAGCCAUCAAAUCGUACAGGGGGAAGUCCCUGGGGACUCUGCCACCUCAUGUAUAUGCGAUAGGUGAGAGCCCACACCUCAUCUCUGAAAACAUAUACAGCAUAUGAAAGUAGAGACCAAAGUGAGGCUGUUAUUAAAACCAGGAACAUUCAGUUUCUUACAUUGUUAAUUUUUAAUGCAAACUCUUUAACACUUGUGUCUCUGACAUCUUUGAGAAAACUUCUCAGCGUUUCUGCAAACCUGCAUCAUACGUAAUCUGAUCCUUUGACCACAUUUCUCAGAAUCUAAGAGUUCUCUCUUUUUGUGUUUUAGCUGACAAAGCCUACAGGGACAUGAAGGUUCUCAAGAUAAGCCAGUCUAUCAUAGUUUCUGGUGAAUCUGGGGCUGGAAAGACUGAAAACACCAAGUUUGUUCUCAGGUAUGAGCCCGUUUGAUUCAUGUUGCUUUUAGAACUACACCUUAACUUUAUCUCUCCACUUCUGAAUGUGAGUUCCCAUCACUCAAAGUUGCGUUCCAAUGAAAUUCACUCUUUUUCUCCAACUCCUGUGCUUGAACUGCAUCACAUUUAGAGUUACUGUUGACACAAAACAUCUCAAACAAUAGUCAAAGUGUUAGUUCAGAGGUAAACUGAAGUUCACGGUCAUUUGGAGCCUGAAGAGACUUCUGUCUUUUUUCCUUCCCUGUUGGACUUUACCCCCGCUUUUUUGACUCAGAAUAUGAACUUCUGUUUUUAUUUUGAUAAGAAGAAGCAGAACAGUUGAGUAGGAGAACUGAUCCAACAGGCAUUUAGUACUUAAUUAAUAUUUGUGCAGUCAGUGAAGAGCAGCUGCAGCUGCUUUGUAAAGGAGACUUCCUGUGAUAAUAUUUGCUAUUUCAAUUAUCUCUUCACUUUUAUUUGUGAGCGUGUUUUGGUCUUUUAAGUUGCUUUUGUGUUCUGUUGAUUUACUUUACAUAUUUAUUAUUGUUAUUAUAAUUUCCUCCUCAUCCUGCAGAUAUCUCACCACAACAUAUGGAAGUGGCCAAGAUAUUGAUGAAAGAAUUGUAGAAGGUAAAACUUUAUAAGACCAGAAAUGUCACUAGAUUACAUGAACGGUAAACAUGAACGGUCCUUUGUUUGUUUUACUUUCAAUCUCAGCCAAUCCUCUUCUUGAGGCCUUUGGAAAUGCAAAAACAGUCCGAAAUAAUAACAGCAGUCGCUUUGGGAAGUUUGUGGAGAUCCAUUUCAAUGAGAAGGUGACCUUUGAUCAUUUACAGUGUUUUCAUCAAGUCUAUAAGGAACUGUGCUUUGACAGUGAUUUGAGAACCUGAUACUCCCCUCGUGUCACCAGAAUGCAGUUGUCGGUGGUUUUGUCUCCCAUUACCUGCUGGAGAAGUCGAGGAUUUGCAUGCAAAGUAAUGACGAGAGGAACUACCACAUCUUCUACAGGCUGUGUGCCGGUGCUUCUGAUGACAUCAAGAAGAAACUGCACUUGGACUCUCCAGACAGCUUUAGGGUCAGUGGACUGAGAUACUGAGAUACUGAGAUUGAAGCAAGGGUCUACAGCAUCACUGUAACUCAUACAAUAAGGAUGCAUCUGAAACAGCAUUCAGGGGAAAUAUUAAACCAAAAAAAAGUACCCCUCCAAAGUAAAAUAAAAUUAAAAUUGAAUUAUGGGAAUUUUUACAAAAGCAGAAAUCUGCUUCUGGAGUGUAUUUUUCUAUAGGCUUGAUUUUGGAGCCAACAUUUUUUAUGAUUUAUUAAUUUUCAGUGAUCCCUAGAGGUCCUCUCGUGUGAAACCAAAGGCCCCCCCUGGAACAAAACAUUUUACAAUUGAAUUAUUUCCCUUUAAAAUGUAAUUAUCAACUCAGCGGGGGUGAGGACGGAGAGCAUAGAGGUGUUUACCACAGCUCUUGUUUUCCCCCCCACGGUCUACCAAACAACUGUUAACGGAACAACAAGCAGCUCAAGCUGUUCCUUUGGAUGUUUAUCAUAGUGUCUUCACGUCAGGUCCCUGAGGUGACACCCACAUCAACAGAGGCAAUUACUCCGUGCCAUUCACCACUAGUCAGCUGUGUAGUAAUAUCAGAGGACAGCAAAGGAAAUCUUUUGGAUAAGAAAAAUCAAUAUGAAUACCCCAAGUGGGUUUUGAUAAUUGUAUUUAUGCUUUGUCUGAAUUUAAUUUAUUCAAUCUUGUAUUAUGUUAAAAUGUAUUUAAGCUGAUUUUCUUCUGUUACAGUACCUGAACCGAGGAUGCACCAGGUACUUUGCCAGUAAGGACUCAGAUAAACAGAUCAUGCAGAACCGCAAGAGUCCAGAGGUAAUGUCUGUCCUUACCGACCUGGCACAUUAUUGUUUAGGACAAACUUGUGUAACAUCUGUCAGAAAACCCCAGGAGCUAAGGCAAUACAUUUAUGUAAAGUAUCUAAUGAGGCACUUUCAGUGGGUGCUGAUUUUGGUGCCCCCUGUGGGCAAAAAAUGUCAAUCUUACAGCUUUGCAUUGUGCAUGCCAAGGAGGUGUUUUCUGUCAAAAUAUCUUGCAUUCUUUAAAUGUGUCAGUCAUGGUGAAUGUUGAUGUAAAAUUAAAAAAAAUGCCUUUUCUUCAGCAUAAUGUCAAUGGUCUAAUCUAACACCCACUGCCUCACAGCAUUGAAGUAAUGAGAACUAUGUAGAAAUGGUCACUCCUGCUGCAUAUGAUCUAUACGCUUUUUAGGGCCUUUCAGUUAUUAACUUUCGAAGUAAUCAAUAAAUAGUUGUCUUUAUAUAAUAUUCAUCCAAAUCUUUUCAUUAAAUAAACAAAUCACAGAAAAAAAUUAGGAUUCCCUCAAUUUGAAACAGAUGAAACCAGCAGACGUCUUUGUCCUGUUGUUUGAAAAAUCAUUAAAUCACUUGUAUAUUGCAGAAAUAGUUAAAAACCGACUCCCUUCAAUUAAUUUAUUGUUGCAGCUCUGAACUGAAAGGAUAUCACAGAUUAUAUUGAUGGAAAUUUGCUGCAAAUGUAAAAUGGAAUAAUAUCAUUUCAUGCAAAGGAAUCAGUUCAUCUUUUAAUGAAUUAUUGAUGACAUUAAAAACAGAGAGGAGUUACUCUGCAGAGCCUGAAGAAGAAGAAGGGUAAUUAAUAUCAUGAAACAAUUAAAAGAAGAAGUAUGACAUAUUGAUCUCUCAGGGACUAAUUAAACACUUUUAUUUAUUGAUCUAUUUUCAUGAUAAAGUUUGUAAAAAAUCAGGUGACAUAGUGAUACGUUUUUUUCAUCUAAAUUACAUAUUGAUAAAACGUGUAAUUUACACUUUCUUGUGAUUUUACUGAAAUUUGACACACUUUUUGUUCAAUUUAAUCCACCUUGCUGUUUUAACUUUUCUUUGAAUUACUCAGUCAACAUAUGUUUUAUAUUUUGUUAUGUAUUUUCCUACUGAAAUGUUGCACCCUGAUAAUGAUCUUUCCUGGUAUUCUGUGAGCAAACGUUGUUAUUUCAGACUACUAUUUAUUUUUUUAUUUAUGAUUAGAGGCUUUUUCUACAUUCACCACUGCUCAUAUGAUCAGUCACAGCAGCAGCUGAGUAGAUGGAGGACUGUAAGCUGUUUGGUUGUUAAGUUCGUUAUGUGGUCAUAUGUUGCUAAUUAAAUCAUUGUACAUCUGUCUGUCCUGCCACGUGUCUGUUAUGUAGGACAACAAGGUGAAGCUCCCUUUCUUAUCAGGGCUUUGUGCUGCCUGCUCUUUAUCCUGUUUGUUUCCUGACGUAAACACUGACGCUCUCAGGUUUUACGUGCCGCUUUGCGUAGUCCAAACAGGAAAUAAGAGUGCAUGCUUCCUUUCUCCCUGCAUGUGUUUUGGGUGGGGUCGCUGCUGGUUGAUGCUUGAAUAGAAAUUUAGGUCAUGUUUCUAAAGUCAUACAAUGCAGGGCUGCAUCAUUAUUGUAUGUUUCUAUAGCUCAGAGAAAAUAUUUGCAAAAGUUUGAUGCUUUACAUCCUCUGUUUUCAUUUUUUCAGCUGCACAAAUUCAGGGUAUUAUUAGACAAAGCUUCUGUAGAGGGGGGCAGUAGUUUGUAGGGUGGUGUGUUUGCUGUGUGGUGUUUGUGGAGGCUUUUAAAACACAUCUAUGUUACAUAUUCUGCUUUGGUAAAAGUGCAUGCCUGUAUAACUAGAGUGUGAGCUAAUGAGUCCUCCUGUUUCCUCACUUUCUCACUUGCUCUUGUGGUUUUAGCAUCUAAAGAUGGGUGCCCUGAAGGACCCCCUUCUGGACGACCAGGGUGACUUCAACAGGAUGUGUGUGGCCAUGAAGAAGAUCGGUCUGGAUGACACUGAGAAGCUCGACCUGUUCAGGGUGGUUGCGGGUGUCCUGCAUCUUGGUAACAUUGAUUUUGAAGAAACAGGAAGCUCCUCGGGUUAGUAGGACGCUGUGAUUACUCAUAUUUUUCAGUUUUUAAUGAUGUAGAAGAUUCCUCUUGCAAACGAAAUCAUAGCAAAGAAGAAAAUAACUUUUUGGAAAGAUACUUUGAGUUUGUUGACUGGGUUAUCCUGCGUAGUUUUUCUUCUUUUAUUGAGACAGAUUUUUGGGAUGGUUUCACUGUUAUGCAGUCACAAAUUUUUCUUGCAAACAACUGAAGGCCUUCGUCAAAAAAAGGCUUGGAUGCUCUCUCCAGUAGAAAGCAUCCCACUUAAAAGAUAAUAAACUAUAAAACUUGUAUCAGUUUGUUUAUUGUUAUAAUUUUCUUUUGUUAAAUAUGAACGUAGGAAAUCAAAUUUUGAAGAACUGAUUUCCCCUCCUGAAAAGUCAAUAUCUGAAACCAAAAAAAGAGAAGCUAUAUUACCACAAUGUUUCCCUCUGUUUUAGGAUUAUUGUUUUUCUUUUUCUUUUUCCUUUCCUGACAAUUUAGACUCUGUGUGGCUCAAAUAAUUCUACCCAAAAAUAUCUGCAGUUUAUCUCCUGUUCAUUGUAGGAUUCACUUUGAUGGCUUGUUCCUCUCACCUUUUGUUUCAGGGGGCUGUGUCCUGAAGAAUCAGUCAGGUCAGACUCUGGAGUACUGUGCUGAUCUGCUCGGUCUGGACAAGGACGAUCUGCGCGUCAGCCUCACAACCAGAGUCAUGCUUACAACAGCAGGGGGCGCCAAAGGAACAGUUAUCAAGUAAGAACAACAGCUAUACAGAUCUGUGACCUUGCGCAGACUGGAUUAUUUUCCUUUUCUGAGUAAAAAGGUAUUCCCCUGGAGUCUGUAGAAGUCACUGUAAUUGAUUUAUUUUACAGUUGAACUCUGUGGGUUUGCGUGGAGAGUUUGUGACGGGUCUGAAAAUAAUCCUGGAAGGAUUAUUAAAAACAGAAAACAAUCAGUCUCCAGGCUGUUGCUGUAUUAAUUGACAUUACUUUGUAAAGCUUUAGGAAGUGCCUGCUGUGUAAAAAUCAUGAGAUUACAUCAAACAAUGAGCGAGGCCUUUAAAUUUAAGAGCGUAUAAAAUUGUUGUUUUCUUGACUUACUUUGGGGUGACUAUUUCUUUGAGGAGCACAGCACCACUACUAGAUGAAAUGUGUUGCAGUAUUGGCACUGUAUUUGGUGAUGAUGUGGUGUAUGAGUGAUGAGGCCAGGUUUGAUGGAUUAAUAUUUAAGGAGGGCCAGAUGCUGGGCUGGCCUGGAAGUGUUUUCUCCACAUAAAUAAUGCAGUCUGUAUCUGAGGAGGCAGGCAGGCAGGCAGGCAUGGCUGCAGUACAGUAAAGGCGCGGCGUCUGGGGAGCAGGUGGAGUAAAGGAGGGGGGUAGGCUUUGUCAUUAAACCCCAGACAGAUCCACCCCGACCCCUGGGGGGCUGAGGUGAUAGCUGCAGGGAUGACUGAGUCCCUAUCAAGUAUAACCAUUUAACAUUACAAAAGUGUAGGAAGUGUUUUAUGUGUUUCAAGACUCAUUGUGGUGUUUAAGUGUGUUUAUAGUGAAAUGUAGAAAACAAAGUCUGUUCUCUGGCUGUAUUAAGCACCUUAUCUUUGGCUGGUGUACUCCAUUUUCUAUGAGAUAAGCACCUUUCUUUUCUUUUGGGUUGGAUGUUUUGAAUAUCAAGAGAAAAAAAAGUCCAUAACGAUCUAUCAUAACACACCGCAGACCUUUUUUAUUUUAAAUUCAACGAGCUCCCGGCUGGGACAGCUGAGGUGAACUCUGGGUCACCGUGGAGCUGCACUUUGUCCUUACACUCAACCCCUCUGAAUAAUAAUAAAAAAGAUGUGUUAAAGCGCCGUCAGGGAAUCUAGAGGAGUUCAGGGUUCAUAUUUUACUUUUAAUACCUUAUCUCUGGCCCAGGAACCCUCAUUUAUGAGGACUGCUUGACUUACAAAAGAGGUCAGGGGGGGGAACGGCACUAUGUGACAAAAAAGUGUCACAUCAACACAGUUUAAGUUUUGCUGCCGCAUGAAAAAUGGGUUGAUUAGAAUAAAAAUAAAAGGGAGGGAGGUUUGACAAGCUUGUCCCAGUUUCGGACCGUCUCUCACUGCCCCACUUUGUGUUUCCCUUCAGGGUGCCUCUAAAGGUGGAACAAGCAAACAAUGCCCGCGAUGCCCUGGCCAAGGCCGUGUACAGUCGCCUCUUUGAUCAUGUGGUGAAAAGAGUCAACCAGUGUUUCCCCUUCAAGACUUCCUCCAACUUCAUAGGGGUGUUGGACAUCGCUGGUUUUGGUACUGAAAUGUUUGAGUGUCUAGUUAGAGUUAAAAUUAACCCGAUUCAGAGCAUGAAAUGUAAACAAAUCUGCUGCCUCUGUUUGUUUAGAAAUUCCUAAUGAAAAGACACUUGUCUGCUCAUCGUGUUUCUUAAUACAAGAACAUAUACACACUUCAUUACCAGGGCUCUUAUGUGAAAAUUAAUUUCCCCUGACUGCCGAGUAAUUUAGCUAAAAAUUAAUUUAAGAAAAUUAAUUGAAAUAUGUUUUUUUUUUCUUCUUCCUGGUUUUAGAGUAUUUUGAACACAACAGCUUUGAGCAGUUCUGUAUCAAUUACUGCAACGAGAAACUGCAACAGUUCUUCAACGAGCGGAUUCUGAAGGAGGUGGGUGAGCUGCAUGAGGAUAAAAAUAAUUUGGUGUGAUGUUUUUUUUAAUCGCGGGGAACCUGUCGUGUCAUGCCACUCAUAGGGCAAACUUUGCUGACUAUUUCACAAGACAGGAGGUUAUUAAGCGUCUCUGUCUCCCCCUUUCUCUGUUUUCUCACUUCGAGUUCCCGUCUGCCUCUCCUGCUCUCCCUCAUUAGAAUGCUAAUUUCUCAAGGGACAUGAUGAGGCUUGUUUCUCUCCUGUGAUCUCUUAACUCUCUUCUCUUCCAGGGUCUCUAAUUAAUACAAAACAAUUCUGGUUUAAGCUUCUUUCUAAUGAUCUUAUUCGUAGUUUUCAGUUUGUUUUGGCACGCAGGAUCCUCUGAAACCACUCAGAAAACUGUGAACAGAUUUUAUUACUUAGAGACUAUUAGUGCAGGUUUGGAGAAUUGACUUUUGACAUCUGGUUUUGUCUGUGCAGGAGCAAGAGCUGUAUCAAAAAGAAGGUCUCGGGGUGAAUGAGGUGCAUUAUGUUGACAACCAGGACUGUAUAGGUAAGUCUGAGUCGAUGUCAGUCUGUUCAUCCUCUAACUCUGCGGCUUUUGAAAAGUCCACAACUUUCAAAAGUUUCCCUACAAAAGCCAAAGUUCAACAUGGAAAAAAAUCACAGCACCACCUUCUGCAAAAUGAAAGUGAGGGCACAAACUACUUGACUUUGUUGGUAUCCUCUGCUAAAGCUAAUAAGAUGUCUUUCCACUACAGUGAAAAGUGUGUGUGUGGAGGAGCCUUGUGUACAUUACUUAGUUGACCUUUGGAAACAGGAUCAUUGAGUGACACUCGGGAACAUCAUUAAGAUAAAGCGUUGCCUUUGAGGGGUUGUGCUGCAAACACACAGACUAACUGACAGAGCAGGACCUUCUGUUGAGCCCGUUCACACCAAAUGGACUAAAUUUGGUUCAGAUGUAACAUCAGCUCACCAACAUUUCCCUCUGCUCCAGUCCACACGUCAGAGCAACGAGAACACACCUGUCAGAGGGGGGACAAAAAUACCAACUUCUCAUUAUCCAAGGUGCUGGCAUAUCCAUGUGUCCGGGAGCAAGAGUAAUGAGUAUUUGUGGGUUUUAUGGGCCUUUUUGAGCAACGAUAAGCCAGAGGAAUAAUGCCCUCUUGUUUGAGUAGUCUCCAUCCUCAAAUGAAUCCUCUCACUGCUGGGAUGAAGUAGUCAGAGUAUCAAGGUGAAGCCGUUUGAUUUGUAUUUCAAAGGCUGCAAUUAUUCAGGUGUGAGGUUAACUGACAGCCGUGAAUAACAUUUAUGACUUGCAAAUGACCAUUUGGGUCGGCCAUUAAUUCACUCAUCAAUCUUCAGGAUUUAUGCACAGGUGCUUGUCCAUGCAGAUUUUUCCAGAGGUCCUUGGCUAUUUAGAUUGUAUUCCAAACACAGAAUGCCGCAUGAAUAAUUCAGAUGUAUGGCUAAAUGAGCAUCCUGAUGAACUUGUUUAUGUGCUUCGAAUAUUCAUCAAACCCAGAAAGGGAAAACUGUGGAGAUUUCCUAAUAAAUGUCACUCAGAAGAAGAUUUUGAGACUUCUCUGUAAAACAGCUUCUGUGAUUCCCUAGAAAUCUGAGUAUUUGUUGUUAAGCCUAAACCUGACCCGAGGAUUUGAAUUAAAGGUGCUCAGUGUUAGCUGAAUUGUUAUUCCUCUUGAAACAUCUUUUUGAUGGAUCAACUUUUCAUACUGAUGCUUCACUUUAUGUUAACUCCUGUAUUUAGAUGUAAAUCAUGAAACUGCUGCUGAUAAAGAUUGUCUUUUUCAGACCUAGUUGAAGCGAAGCUUGUGGGAGUGCUGGAUAUUUUGGACGAAGAGAACCGUCUUCCACAGCCCAGCGACCAACACUUUGCUCUGGCUGUUCACAGCAAACAUAAAGACCACUUCAGACUGACGGUCAGACCUCUUUGGUUGUAUUCCCCUUCACUCUCUCUCUUUUUCUCUCUUCCCUCACAGUGUAUACAAUUUUCAGACCAAUUUGGAGGCAUUAUUGGCAUCUCUCUGCUUCUGUCUUUGUGUUCUCUCCAGUAUUCAGCUAUUAUUCUCUUUCUUUGUGUACUUUUUGUAGAGGCGAGGCAGCGAUGCAUUUCACUUUUUUUUUUCAUUGUUAUCAUUUUUUCCGUGCCUGUGUGUAACUGUAGUUUGGUGAAUGACGCACGGUCCCUCCUUCUGUCUCUGCCAUUGUCACUAUUGUUCGUCUCCCCUGCCUGUGUCUCCACAAGCAUGAAAUCCUUUUAGAAGUGCAGCCUUGACACCAAUUCGAGUUUGAGAUUAGAGUUGGCUGGCUGCAGCCACACUUCGCUGCAGAGGACUAGAGCUCAAAUACACUUUAAGUUGUUCUGUCCAUUAUAGAAAUAUAAAUAAAUAUAUAUAUGUAUAGUUGCAGUUUUUAAUUUUUAUCUGCUGUGCAUAAAUAAGUGGGAUCUUUAAUUUCUGCAAAUUAAGAGCUUCAGUUAUUUCCUAAUCUGAACAAUAAUGUUGGUGGACUUUUGGGGUCUCGUGUAAAAGAAGGCCCAUUUGGAUACAUAGCAGUAGAAAUUUAGAUCAUGGCUUCUUGUGCUCGUCAUAUCCCUCUGUAGCCAAGCUGAUCCAUGAUUUAGAUAACCACAAAUGAGCAAUUCACAAACUCUGAGAUUCGGCCCUUUUGUAUGGUAUGAUUUUAAGCUUUCUUGCUGGAUUUCUUUGCACUUCAUUGAUCCGAAUGUUUCAUUCUCUAGACCAGCCUUCCUCAUCAAUAGUGGUGUGGAUAAACAAGAUUCUGCUGUUGAGAUAGUGAUGGAUUGGAUGAGAGUGGAAUCAAUAUAUAUGUGUUUUAGCGCUGUCAUUAAAUUUGAUUUGCUUUCCUCCUCUCCCACUUAGGUUCCUCGGAAGUCAAAGUUGGCCAUUCAUAGGAAUCUGCGGGAUGACGAGGGCUUUAUCAUCAGGCACUUUGCUGGAGCAGUCUGCUAUGAAACGGUAUUAUACAGUAUGGAUUUCAUCAUAUGGGGCUGUUAGAGCUUUAUGGUAUUCACAAAGUCCAGGAUUAAAGUGAUUUUCAGCAAAGACUUCUAUCAAUAAUGUCUUGGAAAGUUUGCGGUUGUAUAAGACAGCGGAUGUGCUGGCAAUGUUCAGCUUACUAAAAGUCAGUAACUGAAACGCAUUUCAAGUUUGGAGAUAUUUUCUUUAAUAUUGUUAUUAUUCCUACACCCUCAGAGAACGCAUGAGUCAGAGUUUGUUUACUGCACUGACUAGUAAACAGUCUAAACUGCCUACAUUAUAUUUCCUUUCAUCUAUUGUUAUGUCUUACCUUAGAGUAAACCUUCACCAAUAUGAUAUGAGACGCUUGCUCCUCCCACUCCAUAGAAAGCGAGCAGCACAGGUCAUACCAGGGUUAGAGCAGCAGUUUUACUGAACUUUGGAGAUGAGUAAAAGGUCAAAAUAAUAAACUAAGGUUUUUUGUGUUCCUUUUAUCUUCCCUUACAGAAAAUAAAAGCUUAAACAAAUCUAAACCUGAGCUCCUAAUACAAAACAGGGGAACGCUUGUAGGGCUGGGCGAUAAACCAGAAAUUUACCGAGACCGAAAUUUACGACAAUAACUGACGUCAUUUUGCCCAUGUCAAUAUAGUCGAUGUCAAAAAAAUUAAUAAAUAAAAGUUGGUUUUGGAUGUGUGUAGGUAGGCUAUGGUAGGUUGGUAGGUAGGUUGUAUCUUAUGGAGGUGAGGAGAUGGAGGACGGUUCAAAAGUUGUAACAGCUGGAGCAGCUGCUGAAGCAGAUAAAGUUAAUGUGGGAGUGGGUGAGCAGCUUGUGGAGUAGUUAUCAUCCAUUUAUCAUUAUCGAGGUGAACUGCUCAGUAUAUUGUGAUAUUGAUUUGAGGCCAUAGCGCCCAGCCCUGAUGGCUACUCACUGCUGAACUCUGCUGAAAAAUGUUCCCCGUAUUCUAUUUCAACAGACCAAUCAGAGGCCUCACCUGCAGCAGCACCUGACUUACUCACACACACCUGUAAUCUCUGACACACUCACACAAAAUCUUCCUUACUCUGCAGGGGAUUAAACGGACCCUCUAAACACAAUGGGAAUCGUUCCAAGAUGCAUGACUCAGAGGCGCACUCUUUAAAAUAGCAUCACUACAUAAAUGUGUGUAUUUACCUGCCUGUGUGUGUGUGUGUGUGUGUGUGUGUGUGUGUGUGUGUGUGUGUGUGUGUGUGUGUGUGUGUGUGUCCUUAGACUCGUUUCGUGGAGAAGAAUAAUGACGCCCUCCACAUGUCCUUGGAGAGCUUAGUGUGUGAAUCAAAAGACAAAUUUGUUCGGGAGCUGUUUGAGAACUCGAACACUGCCAAGGACUCCAAACAGAAAGCGGGAAAACUCAGCUUCAUCAGCGUCGGCAACAAGUUCAAGGUAAAAAUGUAUUUAAACGGAUACUUUUCAUCACAACCACAACUCUGUCUUCAUAGUUGUUCCACUUUAUUCAGUCAGUUUCCAACACAAAGUCAUUCAUGUAUGUGUAGAAUAAUGAUUUACUGACAGCUAUGUCAACAUGAAUGAAUGAACCUUGUGCAGUCCCAGUUAAAGUUUUAAAGAAUCAAAAGUGAAGUUUAAAAUUUAUAAAAAACUUGAGAUUCAACUGGUUAUUUUGUUGUGCAGUCCAUUCUUCUUGUACCCUUUCUUUCUUCUCUGCUGGUGUCCUACCCAUGUCCUCUGAAAAACUGCUUUCAAGGUUCUUGACAUAAGCGUUUGCCUCUCCUCGCCUUUGUCCCUGCUGGACUGCUCUGUCCCCCCUGUACUCACCUGAUGUUAGCGGCUGCUACCUACUCUGUCUGUGUCAUCUUCAAAUCUCUUGUCUGCUUUCACACACAGACCCAGCUCAACCUGCUGCUAGAAAAACUUCGAAGCACAGUGAGUAAUAUAAGAUAAGAUUAGAUACGCCUUUAUUAAUCCUACAAGGGGAAAUUCCCAUAUUUCUCAUACUUUAGCUUUAUCAUGUAUUUUAACACCUUUGCUUUUAUACUUGCAAACAAUGAUUUUAAAAACUCUUCACAGCACACAUGUUUUUAAGAUUUAUUUUUUACAGCCGAUCUAUUUCAAACAACAUCAGGCAAAGACUGAGAGAUACCUGUUCAAAUGUUCUGAUACAAUCUGUGUUUGUAGGGCUCGAGUUUCAUUCGCUGUGUGAAACCCAACUUGAAGAUGGUCAGCCAUCAGUUUGAAGGAGCUUUGAUUCUCUCACAGCUGCAGUGCUCAGGUUGAACUCAAUCAAAUGCUUUUUUUUGGGGGGGUAUGACAUUUCAAAUAACGGAUUUUCCCAAAAGACACCUGUUGAUAUUCAAGAAAGCGUACUGUUGGCUUAAAUUAAAGUAGUUGUGUUUUACUCAUAUACAAAUGCACAUGAUCUGUCAGUAAUCCACAUUUUGAUGUGCUCUUUAUAACCCUAAAACGAUCUCUCUUUGUCUGUUUUCACAUGUGUAGGAAUGGUGUCGGUGUUAGAUUUGAUGCAGGGAGGUUUCCCUUCCAGAGCUCCUUUCCAUGAACUGUACAACAUGUAUAAACAGUACAUGCCUGACAAGCUCACACGCCUGAAUCCACGACUUUUCUGCAAGGUGGUACCACAUGAAUUAAAAUAUUAAAACACUUAGCCAAUCAUUUGAACAAAAAAAAAAAGCUGAGGUCGUUGUCAGGGUUCCUUCCCAGUCGGAAUUUUCAUACUUUCCCAUACCCUACUUUUUGGGAUUAUUUUUGAAAAUACCUACUUUUCUAUUUUAGAAAACAGUAUUUUAUAAAUAGUGAAUAGUCUGGAAACAUAAAUAUUUUUCCAUACUGUGUUUUUCAUUUUCAAUACUUUUUAAGACCUGGAAAUUAAUCAAAUUUAUUCAAUACUUUUCCAUACUUGCGUAGAAACCCUGCUUUAAGUCACAUUGACUCCUUUGUUGCAGUGUCACUGAUGGGGAUUUGUUCCUUUGUAGGCUUUGUUCAAAGCUCUGGGACUAAAUGACAAUGACUUCAAGUUUGGCCUGACUAGAGUCUUCUUUCGCCCCGGGAAGGUACGAAGAAGUCAAAAGAUAAUUUUCAUCAUGUGGCUCAGACCUCCAGAGAGCAAAAAUAUCUGUAAUACUGUUAAAGGAUCGAGGUUUUCAAUUGUGCUUUUGUCUCUGUUCAUAAAUCAGUUUGCUGAGUUUGACCAGAUCAUGAAGUCUGAUCCAGACCACUUGGCAGAGCUGCUGAAGAAAGUCAACACCUGGUUAGUGUGCAGUCGCUGGAAGAAGGUCCAGUGGUGCAGCCUGUCUGUCAUCAAACGUAGGUCACAUUUAUAAAAACUACAUUCGGACUGUCACUCUGCUCACUAGUUUCUUAACACAGAUUUUCACUCAGGUAGCUGCACCCCUUUGCACUUUAAUCUAACUACAGCAGUUCUGGUUUGAUUCCUGCCACAGUUCGCUUCUGUACUGGAAUAAAAGCCACAUUACAUGAGCCUCCAUGAAGCUGUUGCAAAGUCAAUUAUUGCAGAAAGGCUGGUAGCACAACUUAUUUUAGUCAGUGGAGUUAUUUCUCUCUCCAGAGAUUGACUUUGUCAUUUCCUGGCAGUUUAUUAUUCAGCUCUGAUAGCUUUACUCAAUCAUAUUUCACAUUUUUCCAUUACUCCUGAAUAUUGAAAGCAGCAGCAGCCUCCAGCAGUAUGGAGUAGUACUCUAAAAGCAGUUCCUUGAACCAUUAUAGUCUUCACCAAGCUAUUGAUUUUCACCAUAUAACAAAGUGCAGGCUUCUGCUUAUUUGUGUAAAAGCAUCAAAUGAAAAUACAUUAGAGUUAUAACAUAACGCUGCUCCUGCAUGAUUUCUCGGAUAAGCAAUCAGAGGAAAUGUAUCUCCUCGGUCAGGGUCAUUCAUCCAGUUUAACACUCCGCCUUAUUAUCGCAGUUUCAUUAGCAAGUGUGUGUGUGUGUGUGUGAAUGAGAGAGAGCGAGAAAGAGAGCUUUUAAGUGUUUGCCAGAUAUUCGGCUAUACUUGUCAUUGUGUAUACCUGAUAAAUAGUAGCCAUUAUAGCAGUCGGUGCAUAGCUGUAUUAUUUCAGCUCCUACUUGUCAGUUUAACUUUUUCAUGCUUAGCUGUGAUGUUUUCUGUCCCGUUUGAAUCAAAAAGGGGUCACGCCGAACUGCUUUUCCCUUGGUUUUUGCAUAUGAGAACCCUAAUGCAUUAAAGAACAGAUAAUUGUGUGAAUAAUUUGAGAGCUGCAGUGACUUCAAAUCCGGAUGCUAUGUAUUUUUGACUCUUUCCUAUGCCUCUUUUAUGACACAGAAUAACACGACACGAGGUUGUGAGAGAGCAAGAGAACGAGAGUCCCAAAAGUCCCAAAACACACUCGAUAUAUAGGGAAAGUCGCGGUGCAUAAUCAGAACCUGAACCCCCUUUGAGACCGUUUCAAGUUUUCAACACGUCUUUGUUUGAAUUCUCUUCUUCUUCUUUCUUACAGUACGGAACAAGAUGAGAUACAGAGCUGUGGCUUGCAUUAAAAUGCAGAAGACUGUUCGCAUGUGGUUGUGUAAGAAGAAGCACAAGCCACGGUGAGUCCCUUUCUGCUCUUUGUCCUCAAUCACACACACACACACACUCAAGCAGACGCACACAUGCAUAAUUUCUGAACAUCUUCCUUGCUGUCUGUGCCCUUUGUUCUCUUAUUCUUCUAUUUCACCUGAUACUUUUCUGUGUGCUUCUUAUUUAAACCCAUUCACGCUUGGUUGCUUCUGAUGGCUUUCCCACAUUGUGAAUUUAGGAGUUCAAAUCCAUCUCAGAAGUCAUCUGUGGAGAAAUGAUGUCUCACUAUACUGCUUUGGAAAAUACAGCGUGUCCUUCAGUAUUGGAAAUUUGGAAAAGGGCUUUGGCAAAAGCAGCCAUCCAGAUGAUGGGUUUCUAGAUAGUUUCUCUGUAUCACAGUUUGACUGUGAGUGUCAGAGUGUGUUUGGAGGAAAGAGGAAACCUUGGACGGCAGCUGGCACACACCCAUAUCUGAUGCAGUUCAGUUUGAAUGUUUUUUUGUGACAGGCCCAUUUCGGUUAUCUACGAAAGAGGAUUAGGGCCACAAAAAGAGAAAAAAAUAACUAUAGGAGGGAGAUUUUUAAAUUUACUUUUCAAGAUUAAAAUCGAAAUUUCAAGAUUAAAGUUGAAAUUUUAAAAAGUUGAAAUUUCAACUUUAUUCAUCUCGACUUUAAUCUCGAAAUUUCAAUUUCUAAUGUUGAAAUUUAAACUUUAUUGACAUAAUUUCAAUUUUUAAUGUCGAAAUGUUGACUUUAAUCUAGAAAUUUCGAUUUUUAAUGUUGAAAUUUUAACUUUAUUGACAUAAUUUUGAUUUUUUAAUGCUGAAAUAUCAACAUUAAUCUAAAAAUUUUGACUUUAAUCUCUUUCAUGUAAUUUUUUUUAUCUCUUCAUGUGGCCCUAAUCCUCUUAAGUAGUUAUCCGUCUUAUGAACUAUCAAUAAUAGGUAUCAACACUUGACAACCUGUGAUCUUUUCGUGACAUACUCAUCUGCAUCUAUGUUUUUCUAUUUUUUCAUAGCAUCGACGGCAUGGUGAAGGUCCGAAAUCUGAAAAAGCACAUGGAACGGUUCAACAAGGUUGUGAACGGGCUGAAGGAAGGCAAGCCGGAGAUGGCCAAAAAGGUUCAGGAGCUGGCCGCCUCCAUAGAUGCCCUGUCAGCAAAGAUAAAAGUGAGCCAUCAGCCCUGACUGUGCUUACCUGUGACAUACUGUAAAGUCUUUGCAUAAUAUCUCUAUUGAUUUAAAAGUUGCUCAUGCCAUCGGUUUUUUCAGGUGCUUCGAGUUUAUACAGUACAGCGUGAGAUCGGGGGUAUCUGGGGGAUAUUUUCAGAGCACUUAGCUUCCCUCAUACAUGCAAGCCCCAGAUUUACGUGUUUUCUCCUCUUCUCUACAUUUACACCUGUAGCUCUCUGUCACUACCAGUCUUCCCCUGUCACUCACUGUGCCCUUUCUCAGGCGGCGGUGCCCUUUUCUCUCUCUUCCUCUCAGAAUCAAUAUUUUCAAUCACCUUGGGAUAAAAAGAAGAGCUGGAUGAAGAAGAAGAAAAAAAACCUCUCCUUCUCCUCCACUUCUUCCAGAUAAAUAGAUUUAGUGAGGUUGUUUUGCUAAAUUAUCAAACGUGCUCUGUGAAAUCCCAGCUCUCCCGGUGCAAUAAGCACUUCUUUUAUUGGACCCUUUUGGUGCGGCAAACACUUCCACAUGCUUUCGCACAGCUUGGUGCUGAAUCCACUAAUUAACUGUUUAUGCUCCCCACAUAUCAUACUCCAUCAUUACCUGUAUGUAGAUUGGAUCAUCAAUACAUCCUGAUUGACUUUAAAGCAACUCUGACUCCUGCCCUUCCAUUCAGCCCCUCUGUCUCCCUUUUGCCCCUCUGUUCGCCUAUUAGCAUCCCCGCUGCCGACACUCACAGUGUUGUGAGCGCUUAGAAGUUGCCCCUGGUGUGGCACCUUCUCUUCAAUAAUGCAUGAGAUGCCAGUGGCUGUCAUUCAGACCUCAGCACAUCGGGGACGAGACCUUGUCAUUUCACCUCUCUGUGUCACAGCGAGAGACUCCCUCUAAUGAAUCUUCACAAACCACUGACCUCUUCUCUCCGUGUUGAUUGUAUGACAAGUGAAACGGGGAAUUGAGCUGCAUGGACGUUGUGUUCAAGUGGCAGGCGCAGUGUCAGUCAGUCUUUUGCCUGGUUACCACAUGGGAAAGUGUGUCAUCAUGGUCAUGGGCCUGUGGCGUGUUAGGAGCUGCAUCCACAUUUGCAAAACACUCUUUAAAACUAUGAGCUGCAUGUGGAAAUGCAUACAUUCAGGAUUUGUAUAAUCCAUACCUAUACUUUAAUUACCUCCGCCAAGGAGGUUAUGGUUUCGGUAGCGUUGGUUUGUUUGUUUGUCUGUUAGCAACUUUACGGAGAAAGUAACAGACGGAUUGACCUGAAAUUUUCACCAGAGGUGCGUCUCAGCCCCAAGAGGAUCCCAUUAAAUUUUGGUGGUGAUCCGGUGAUCUGGAUACUGUGGUCCAGAACACACAAAAAUAAGGGUGUCGUUGGAAUUUCCAAUGCUGAAAGAUAACCAAUGGGCGGCACAGUGGUGUAGUGGUUAGCACUGUCGCCUCACAACCAGAAGGUCCUGGGUUUGAAUCCGGGUCAUGUCUUGUUUGAGGAAGAUUAUGAACAGUGAACAUACCACUUUAAACACAAAUAAACGUUAAUAAAAAUCAUGUAACAGUAAAAGUUUUGGUGUGAAUCACAAUAUAAGGGGGAACAUGAGCUGCUUGGCGGAGGUCUGCGCUCUCCGAGUGCUAUUCUAGUUUUUUUAUUCAACCUUUAUUUAACCAGGAAAUAUCCCAGAUUGAGAGAUUAAGAACCUCUUUACCGAGGGAGUCCUGGCCAAGAGGCAGCAAAUACAAAAUACAGUUACAUAUUUACAUAAAUAAGACACAGAACUUAAACACAUCAUGAGAAACAAGUGCAUAUUGUGGAAUUGGCCUCAAUAACUCUCAGUUUGGAUUUUAAAGUGCUCAGUCUUUCCAGUCUUUCUCAAGCAUAUUCCAUGUAUAAGGUGCAAAGUAAACAAAUGUCCUUUUACCCAUCUCUGUAUGAGCAUAAGGGACAGAGAGCAACAUCUUAUAGCACCUAUAUCCAUAAGAUAUCUUUAUCUAGUAUGAGAUGAGAUUUUUUUUAAAAGUAUCCAAGGAACCCUUUUAUGUUGCUACUUCAAACACCCAGCAGCACUUCUGACCCUCUGGCCCAACGCUUUGGUUCAGCAGGCGCUUAAAAGUUAAAAGAACAGUUGGAUAAAGUACCACAAAGUAUUUGAUGUUUCCUCUGUCCCCCAGACAACAAUAAUGACCUGGAAAGAGAUCGACACCGAGUACCAGGAGCUGGUGAAACGCUCCGAGCAGCUGCUCUCCUCGAUGCAGAAGAAGAAGCAGGAGCAGGAAGAGAGCGAGAGGCUGAAACGCAUCGAGGAGGAGAUGGAGAAAGAGCGCAAAAGAAGGGACAAAGAAGAGCAGCGGCGUAAACAGGAAGAGGAUGAGAGAAGACUGUGAGUAAUAAUCCGGGGAGGUGAUAAGUAGAAACUUCAAAGGAGAUGUAAAGUUUUCUCAGUCUCUGAAAAGUUGUUUUCCUCGAACUUUUUUAGGAAAGCAGAAAUGGAGCUGAAGAGGAAACAGGACGAGGAGGAUCGAAAAAAGAGGGAGGAGGAAGAGAAAGUUAUACAGGUACCUGAAAUGUUGCUCCGGCCAGAAUUAUGAAGCUGGAAUAUCAAGAUGAACUUACUGUGAACAUAAUUUUCAACUUUCUGAGGCAUUUAUCAACACACGGCUGACUAUUGUUCCUCCUUAAUCUUAUGUGCCCAGUGAGGGAACUGACCUCCACACACCCCUGCAGUGACAGAGUGCUUAUACCCUGCCAUUUUAAUUACAUUCAAGUAAGAUGACUUUAGUAAUCCUAAUCCAAGACUCGGUGGGACCCUCAUUAGGUGAUCUUCUACACUAAAACGUGCUGUUUUGUUGCUGGAAAGAAGACUAACUCACUGUUCAUCACUUGGUUUGUGGGUUUUACACAUGAAACAAAAACUCUUUCUGGUUUUCUGGUCUUUGCAGCAGCAUUAAUCAUAACUCAAGUUUUCCCAAUGUUGAUGUUUCUUGAGGCUGAUUUUCACACAGCUGAAUACCGACAUUAAAAAGAGAUCGAGUGGCUUCAGUUAGCAGCAAAAAGUUUGUCAAUAUUGAGGACAAAAAUCGUUUAUCAUCACAGGCAGAGUUGAAAUGCCUCUUCUUCGAGGUAGAUUAUGCUUCUUCUGACUUAUAUGUGAAGUAUUUGUCAGCUCUUAGGUCUACUCUGUCAACAGCUCAGUCUUGACAGUGAUUAGAUCCAAAGAAAGAUGUCCUCAGGGUCUUGGUUAUUGAUUCCACAUCCUGCUCAGUUUCCCCCCCUCCUAACUUUUUGUAUCCUCAGGUGCACAAUCCUUGUCCUUUAGUCCACCUCUGUCUCUUUUAUAUGCUUAUAUUGAUGGCGUACCUUUCCUUACCAUCUAUCCAUCCAUCUGUUGCACGCACAUCACACCCGCUGUACAUCAUCAGUCAUUUUGAUCGGACCACGGCCAGUUGUACAUUUGCAUCUGCCAAUUUUUCUCCAGCAGUCAGACAGUUGACACCAGGCUGUCAUAGCUCACAUAUCUCUGGAGAGUCUUUGCAAAGUUUGUUUACCUGCAGCUUUAAGACUUUCUGAUGGUAUCUCCCGUGAGUGUGUAUAUACAGCGCCCAGCACAAGUCAGUACACCCCCUAUUAAAAGUAAUGCAUUACUCAAUAUCCAGAUGAGCAAAAGUACAAUUUCCAAAGUUUUGACAAAGCUCAGUUUAACGCAGUGGUUCUCAAGUCCAGUCCUCGAGCUCCCCCGUCCUGCAUGUUUUGGAUGUUUCCCUGCUCCAACACACCUGAUUCAAAUGAUGAGCUCAUUAUUAAGCCAUUACAGAGCUUGAUAACGAGCUGAUCAUUUGGAGCAGGGAAACAUCCAAAACAUGCAGGACGGGGGGGCUCGAGGACUGGACUUGAGAACCACUGGUUUAACGAAACAUUUUAUUUACUCUAAGAUGAAUAUAAGGGUGAUAUGUUGACUAAAAUUUAGCUUUGCUCCCAGAACUUUGAUUGGGGUGUACUCAUUUUUUUAUAAGUUUUGAAAUUAAAGAAAUUACUUUUUUGUAUGUAACUUAAAAAAUCUUGUUUGCAAUCAAUGGCCUACAUUUGGGGGAGUAUUUUGUUGUAUCGCAUGACAUAGAAAAUGUUGAUUUUGAAAGGAAACUUUCUGGUUUUCUGACAACUUUGAAGGGGUGUACUCAUUUAUUCUGCGCACUGUAUAUGUAUACAUAUAUUUGUUCUGUGUUCUUUGCCAUUUCAGCUGUGUCAAAGUGUAGUCUGGCACUACUUUGACUCUUUCAGCCAAAAGAAUCAGCCAAAAUCUGCAGUAUUUAUUUUGUAAACAGGGAAUGCCACUUAAUAAGAGAUUUCCACUGCGUAAGUACUUGAACAGAUAUUUCUGAGACUCUCAGGGGCACCAUGUUUUAUAUCAAGGAUUAUCUUAGCUUGAGGCUGCAAACAUACUUGUUAGCUCAGUCUGCAAACAAUAAAUCAAACUUCGGGGCAAUAUUGUCAAAUCAACUUGGAGAAAACCAAGGGGGAUUUGGGGGGUUUAGCUUGAAAUACCUGCCCUCGAGCUUGUAAAUCUGUGUAAUCAAGCUAUUGUAGCUGAAUAAACAGGUGUAUUUAAAACACUCUUGCACAAACUACAACACAAAGUAGCUUAACAUUCACACCGACGUCAUCACUAUCGGAGUUUUCGCUCUCGUGUUUGACCCCGGGCACGUUUCACAGCUGCUGAUUGGACGAUCCUGCAGUAUGAAUAAUGUAUUCUUAACUGGAGGCCAUUCAUAUUUAAAGCUCUUCUGAGAAAAGUGCUCAUUGUGGACUUCAUUAGUGGCUUUCAAGACAGAGAUCGGAGAUUGUAUACUGACAGAUUCUAAUUAAUCUCUCACGACUUCUCGUUGUCUUUGUGUCAGUACUAGAAAUGUCCAGUUUGUACCAUCAGAAUCAAAAAUAUGGUGUUUUAAUCCUGUAAGAGUGUCUCUCCUGUUUGUUAAUUUCCUUGUUGUGUCUAGACUGAUGGCGAGUAAAGCUUAUUUAGCAGCCCCUCUGCUUUGCUUAAGAGGUCCCAGCAGGCUGGAGUGCACAGAGGAGCUACUGUUGUUAUAAAACUUUUGGCACACAGGGUAGCAUUGUUAUUUAAAAGGGAUCUCCAGUAUUUUGUAGGUUUUAUUACAACCCAUUAAGACAGGGAAGUGUUUUGUUGUGUUCACAGGCGGAGCUGGAGGUCCAGCUAGCUCUGGAGCGUGAGGAGCAAGUCCAGCGCAGCGCCAUCCUGGAGCAGGAGAGACGAGACAGAGAGUUAGCCAUGAGGAUCGCGCAGAGCGAGGCGGAGCUGAUCACAGAAGAGGCGCAGAUGGAUGCCAGUCUGCGCAGGUAAUUUCUACAUGAGAGCAGCGAACAUAUACUACACUACUUAAGCACAGUCAACAAGCACUGUGAACCACAGUCGAUAUCAUGGUGGCCUCAGCAUGUGUGUGUAACCACGUUUUUCCUGUUGCUGUGUUUCCUCCCAGAGGUGACUCUCUUUCAGAUCUCCCUAUCUCUUCAUCCUCAGCCAGAUCCAUGUAAGACAUCAGCACAGGUUUCUGUUACUGCCCAUGUCCAAGUGAACCUAUCAACAACAACAAUCUCAUACUUCCUCCCUCACUCCCUCACUCCCUCCCUCCCUCUGUGUCUAUCCUAAUCUCUCUCAUAGACCUAAAUGUCUGAGCUCCUUUAAUCAAACUCAGGAUUAUACCCGCCAUGCAAAGCAAACCUGAAAUUCCACUAACAAAUCUAGUCACUCUGAGAAAUCAUCAAUCGCAUUUUGGAUGCAUGAUUUAUAAUUAUUGUGAAUCACACAAAUCACAAGAGAAGCCAGCAAUGGGAUAGUUGUGUGUGACGAUUAAUUUCCCACAAAUGAUGAUGGAAAAUCAUGAAUGAGCGUUGAUCAGAAUGAGAUCUUUCUGUUUCUCUCAUUUUAAUUGGCUCUGCAUGAGCUGUUAACAUCUGCAGCACAAUCUACACCCCCCCUCACUGAUGUUUGGAGUUUGAUCUAACUUGUUCAUGUCCUGUGAUUAGAUAUAUAGCUGACAAUGACUUUUUUUCAAUGUGUGAUUAUAGAGGAAAAGGAAAUGCUGUUUGUCUUAAAGGUACAGUGUGUAGAAAUAGCAGGGUUCCUACGCAAGUAUGGAAAUAAAUUUGAUAAAUUUCCAGGUCUUGAAAAGUAUCGUAAAUGAAAAAUUAAGUAUGGAAAAAUAUUUGUUUCCAGACUUUUACCGCAGUUCUAAAUUACUGUUUUCCAAAAUAGAAAAGUAGGUAUUUCCAAAAAUAAUUUUAACGAUCAGGGUACGGAAAAGCAUGGAAAUUCCAACUGUGAAGGAACCCUGAAAUAAGAAAAUGUCGCCACAUCUAGCAAACAGAUCCUGGUCUGUAAGCUCCCCUGCUCACCCUUCCCAUCAGUCAAGCACUUGUGCAUGCAUGACAAGUAUGAUCCUCCGUCUGUACAGUUUUUGCUAUCAAAAACUUCAAUUUCUUUUGCACACAACAACCACUCUUGUCUUUGUUUUCAAAAUACGCACUAAUACAAAACAUAUAUCCCGUAUAGAUUGUCCAUCAUGUGAUUGCAGCCUCUGUGGAAAGGGAACCUGCUGUUUCUGUAGAUAUGAAAGGUUCAUUUCAAGUUCACAAAGAGAAAAUAACAUUAUAAUUAGGUUUCUAUACACAGAUUUAAAGACAGUUACGAGUUAUACUUCAUUUCUGCCACGCCUGUUCUGCUAAAUGCCUCUAAACUCUACACACUGUACCAUUAAGUUCCUCAGUCUUCGUUACCCCUAGCUUAAACCCUCAAUAAUCCCGUUAAUGAUAUCAGUGGCAUUUAAUUACCUUCAGUUAGCUGUUAGCAUCCCUGUAUUGAUAACAACCACUGUACUGUUCAAAUGUGUCUGACCUCUGCGAGAACAUAUAAUAUCUGGUUUUAUUUGAUUAAUUUAGCUGCAACAGUGGGUUCAUAACAGACAGGAGUGGAAUUUCUCUGAGCUCACAAUCAUGAGUAACUUAAAUGACAGCUGUCUCUUUUGUUCUCCUAUGUAUAUAUUUAUGUAAGCUUGGCAGUCAAAGUUAGACCGACUGUCCAUAACCUCAUACAAGUGUUGAAAACUGGGGCAGAGCAUGCUUGCAACUGAUCUGCAGGUCUGUUGAGCUCUAAAUUACAUCUGAUCCAAUAUCCCAUUAUCCUGUCAGUGUUGACUGCGGUGUCCUGCGGCCACGUUGCAUGUCUCCUGCAAUUCCUGCAGGUCAGCUGACUGCUGGAAACCAAAAGGAGAUCUGCUGCAAGAGAGAAAGUCCAAAGCCCUUGUGUGUGACAUGUGCACGCCACAGAGCCGCAGAGCCAAAAGCACAGAAAGCAUGAGAGCUGUAUCAGAUAUACUGAAGUGGCAGCUAUAGGACCACCUCCAUCGUUCAUCUAUCAUCUAAUUACUGUUCAUUUACCGCAGAAAAAAACCAAGCCUGGAAAAAAAAAGAUUUCCCUUUUUUUCAGUCCUGAUUCAUGACCAGUCCAGCACCCACUGGCUCAAGCCUCCGCUUGAGUGAGGAUGAUCUCUAAUCAGUUUCAUCUUUCCAGCCAGUAUGAAUUAUAAAUGGUAAUGGUAAUCUGGCUAAUGAUUCGUACAUCAGUAAUCCUCUGCUCUGAAACAUUAGCAGCUACGCGGACUGUAAAUAGAGGAGCUAAGUCCUGCGUAUUAUAGCAUUAGCAGCCUCGACCCAGCAGGGAAGCUGGAGACGCUCCUGACAUGAGCUCAGACUUCCUCCAGCAGAUAUUUAAGUUUCUGAAAUUCUGCGCCAUCAAUGUGAUUGAUAUACUGGAGUGCUGCUUCAUUUCACCUUUAUUUUAAAAUAAGCCUGUGAAAUAACAUUUGGGAGAAGUCUGCUGUUAUCUGAAGGAUGUAACAUGAGAGGAUCUUUGCAUUUUUAUGGACUUCAAACUCGUUAAGGACUGUUAGGGAAUAAGGCAAAUCUUGCUCAUCGGCCCCCCUGUUGAGCUGCUUCUGAUGUGAAUUUAAUCAGCUGAGACAAUAAUGGAUGGGGUUUUGAGGGGAAGUUAAAUAUCUGCUUCCUAUUUUUUCUGAAGAUGGGGAAUUUUUGAAUCCUGCUUCACUUCACAUACUUACAUUUUGGACUGUUGAAACUGCACAGCACAGAGUUGCACUCAUCUCACGUUCAUCUGUUCUUUGCUCCAGGGGUCCUCAGGUGCAGGCAACCAAAGCUGCUGCUGGUGGGAAAAAGUACGACCUCAGCAAGUGGAAGUAUGCUGAGCUGCGAGAUGUCAUCAACACUUCCUGUGGUGAGAAAACACACCCAUGUUCAGCCCGACGCCACUUUUAUCAAGUCAACAGAGUGUGUGUGCACUGACCCGCUAUCCACAAGCAGAUCUGAUGGUGGAGCUCUUGGUGAAUUGCUUGCAGUAUAUCCAGAUUUGUGCGCACUCAAGUACCCUGAAAACACAUAUCAUCCUCGCUGUACAAGCGAGGCUGAAGCAGAAGUUAAAAAGCUUGGCCUCCAGCUGUAAUGAGUGUGAACACAGUAUUUCUUGCCCAAAAAGCCAAAAGACCAGUCAGAGGAUGUUUCCACAGCUGCCCCAGCUCAUUAACAUGCAUUUCAAGAGUGGAGAGAGGAAAUUAUCGCCGUUUUAAAGGGUGCCAGACUUGUGCCCUUCCUUGUCAUUCCCAGCCAACCCUCUCCUCAGUCAGCAUGAGAAGCAGAUGCUUUUCUGCUCUUCUGUAAUUGCCGCUGAAUGCAGAACUCUGAUCAGUGUGAGGGACCCUGUUACCCCCUGUGAGAAAUGAAGGGCAUCUUGUUAAUUUGUAGAGCCCUGUAGCUCUGGUUGUUCUGCUAGCGAUACAAAAGGAGCUGUGUUUGUAAUCUCUGGGUUCAGUUUCGAAUUAAAGGACAAGUUUGUCAAAAUUAAAAAAAUGUGCAAACUUAUCUCAAAUAACUUUUGAUUUAUGUUCCAAAUACUGCAUUCAAAACAACUAUAUGUGAGGGUUUUCUAAUGUGUUUAAAGCUCCUGUGAGGAACCCUCAGUAUAUGUUGAUCCUGGCGCCCCCUGUGGACAAAUUAAAACCUGCUGUGACUUCGCUUUUCCUGAUCUAUCAAGUGUAAUAUCAGUAACACUUUAUACUUAACGCCUAUAGCAGUAUAAACAUAUGUAUAAUGUGUUAUAAUCACAUUAAAGCAAUGUAUAACUAUAGUUAUAAACACUCAUAAAUGAUCAUAAUGCUUUAUAGCAAUAAUUAUAACACAUAAAGUAUUUUAUCAUGACUUACAAGGUCAGGUAUUAUAAUGUGUUAUAUCUGUUAACACCUCACUGUCAAUGCCCACAUAGAUAAUGCAUUAUACAUGUAUUUAUGAUGUGUUAUAAUUUGCUUAUAAACUUGUAUAACUAUCAUUAUAAACACUCAUUAAUUAUCAUAAGGCUUUAUAACAAUAAGCAUAACACAUUAUAAUACCUGACCUUGUAAGUCAUGAUAAAAUGCUUUAUAAUGUGUUAUGAUGAUUAUUGCUAAAAAGCAUUAGAAUCAUUUAUGAGUGUUUAUAACUAUAGUUAUACAGUGCUAUAAUGUGAUUAUAAUGCAUUAUACAUAUAUUCAAAAUGCAUAAUAAAGAUAGGUGUCAUGUAAAGUGUUACCUUAAUUUCUAACAAUGAUUUUAUCCUGCUAGAUCUCCUUACAUGCAGGAGUUUUAAAUAAGUGAAUUUGUAACCAUGUGUUGUAAUUUCUCAGCUGCUCACUGGUGUCUCUCUUUUGGACAGACAUUGAGCUGCUGGCAGCGUGCAGAGAGGAGUUCCACCGUCGCUUGAAGGUUUAUCACGCUUGGAAGUCCAAGAACAAGAAACGCACUGAUGAUGGAAGCGAUCAGAGGGCGCCUAAAUCUGUCACUGACUAUGGUGAGAGGAGAAUUAGUCACCCUGACUUGUCCGCAUGCUCCAAAUAACCCGUCUUGUCAGCAUAUUUACCAAAACAAAACCACAUCUCAAAGGAGCACGACUCACCCCGGGAGCAGCGGGUUACAGGUGAAAGUGGUCGCUCUUUCCUUUCUUCUCAUGUUGUCUUUGGCAGGAAAUAACCUGCCUUUGUUUCAUGACAAAACACCAAGGCUCUGAAAAUGUACCCGACUCCUGUCUGGCUCUCAGAUAUUUAUUCUAAUUAGCAAAUAACUGCCAGACAUGCUUUGUCAGGUUUCAAAAGCUGCUUGUAUGACAGCUCCCUGCUUUGGUAAUUGCACAACCCAACCAAGCAUGCUCAGUGCCGCCAACACACACAGACAGGCAGGCAGGCGCAUGAAUGCUAUUUGCUGCUUGAAAGCAAACCAGAGCUCCUCAUUUCCCCUCUUUUUCAUCUUGAAAACAAAUAUACAACAUGGUGGGAAAUGGGAACAGUGGGUCCUCUGUCGCCUCUACUUUCACUGUAUUUACCCUCUUUUCUCUUUUGAUAUCUUAGCUCCUGAAAGGCGGACCGACUCUCUCUUACAUUUGGAUCUUGUUCUUGGCCCCCGCUGAUGCAGCUGGGGUCUUAGCAGGGCCAUUUCUUAAGAGGCUGAGAGCUGCUUUUUUUCAGGAUUUGUCCGUGUGAUUCUUGCUUGUGUAUUUUUUCCAUUCUCUCUCAUCUUCGUGAUGUUUUUUUGCACAUUGUUCUUUGCUGUAACAAAGAGAACUAAAUCAUGAGCGAUUUAAGGUGACAUUAUCUCAGACAAAGACCACAACAGAUUAUUCGUCUGAGACAACAGCCCACCUCUUAUGUUAAACACCAACACACAUUCAAUUAUUGUGCUCUUUCUCCACAGCUGAACAGAACCCGGCCCCUCCAAUAACAGCCCAGAAUCAAGAGGUGGCCAUGAACCGCCAGCAGAGAUAUUUCCGCAUUCCCUUCAUACGACCUGCCGACCAGUACAAAGACCCCCAGAACAAAAAAAAGGGCUGGUGGUACGCCCACUUUGAUGGGCCGUGGAUAGCCAGGCAGAUGGAGCUUCACCCGGACAAACGACCUAUUGUAUUGGUCGCAGGUGAGUCAGCAUUUUUGCUUUGGGUCUCAUUAUGACAUAGAAAUGACACUGAUGGAAACAACCCUAAAUCCAUAUCUCUCCCAGGUAAAGAUGAUAUGGAGAUGUGUGAGCUGAGUCUGGAGGAGACAGGUCUGACCAGAAAGAGGGGGGCUGAGAUCCUGCCCAGACAGUUUGAAGAAAUCUGGGAGCGCUGUGAUGGAAUCCAGUACCUCAAGAGGGCCAUUGAGAACAAGCAGGCCCGGCCUACGCACGCCACCGCCAUGCUCCAGAGUCUCCUCAAGUGA